AUGAUAUGUAAUAUUUUCCUAUUAGGCAUUUUCUCUUGUUAUCUUAGCAAAAAGAACGCAGUUCCUAUGAAUUUAUCCGUUUUGGUAGAGGGGAUUAAGUCCUAAACUAAUUAAGGAGCUAAAUAAUAUUUUACAAUUUUGUUGAUAAAAAAAACUUUAUUCAUUGUUAAUUUAGUCGCAAUGUAGGGUCUAAUGGGGGUUUAAAGCCUCAUUACAGCUUGUUUAUCCGGAGUAUUCUCUUGUUAUUUCUAUAUAAUUAAACCUUUUAAGAACAAUUUUGAAAAUAUCAAAAUAAUAAUUACAGAGAUGUUGAUUGUCCUGAAUCUUUUAAUCUUUUCCUUAUAUGAAAUUCUCAAAUAAAAUCAAGACAAAGAGUAGGCUGAACGUUUAGGUUGGAUUAAUAUAUGCGGUUUCACAUUGAUACUUCUAACAACCUUAUCGAUUGAUAUAUACCAAUAAUUUUUAUAAUAUAAGGAACUUGUGAUAAGUAAGGUUAGUAUUUGCUUAAGGAUCUCCCGUAUGAAAACAUAAUAAUCAAGAAUACUUUUUUUUUGA